AGAUGUUAUGACUGCCAUGAUUGGACAAAUGAAGAUGAAACAUGUGAAGAUGAAUUCACUUCUCAUCAUCUUUAGCUGCCUCUGUCUUACUUUUACUGGAGCCUCAGAGACAGAACGAAAACUCCAUGAGAUAUUAUUCAAGGACUACAACAUGAAAGUCAGACCAGCUCGUUACUGGGAGGAGAAGGUGAUGGUGCGGGUGGGGAUGACUCUCUCCCAGCUUGUCAGCUUGAACGAGAAGAAUGGUGAGAUGACAACUAACGUGUUCAUGAAUCUGGCAUGGACAGACUACCGGUUGUCAUGGAACCCUGAGGAAUAUGACAACAUCAAGGUUUUGAGGAUUCCCCCCAACAAGGUGUGGCGUCCCGACAUCUACCUCAUAAACAAUAAUGAUGGGCAGUUUGACGUGGCUCUGUACGUCAACGUCUUGGUUUACAGUGAUGGGACAAUUAACUGGCUCCCACCAGCCAUCUACCGUAGCUCCUGCUCCAUACAGGUGGAAUAUUUCCCUUUUGACUGGCAAAACUGCAGCAUGGUAUUCCGCUCAUACACCUACGAUGCCUCUGAGGUGGACCUGCAGUACAUCCUGGAUGAUGACGACAAUGAAAUCCAUGAGAUUGUCAUAGAUGAGAAUGCUUUCACCGAGAAUGGAGAAUGGGCCAUCUGUCACAAGCCUACAAGAAAGAAUGUCAACGAUGACCUGUAUGAGGACAUCACUUUCUAUCUCAUCAUAGAGAGAAAGCCUCUAUUCUACAUCAUCAACAUCAUCGUGCCCUGCAUCCUCACCAGCGUGUUAGCUAUAUUUGUCUUCUACCUGCCUCCUGGAGCAGGAGAGAAGAUGACUCUCUCCAUUUCUGUGCUUAUUGCUCUCACCGUCUUCAUGCUGCUGCUUGCUGACAAAGUCCCUGAGACUUCACUCGGCAUCCCUAUAAUUGUGAAAUACGUCUUGUUCACCAUGAUCCUGGUCACCUUUUCUGUCAUCCUUAGCGUGGUCGUUCUAAACAUGCACCACCGAACACCCAGCACGCAUAUCAUGCCAAACUGGGUUAGAAAGGUGUUCAUUCACAUUCUUCCUAAAUACAUCGGCAUGACGAGACCAAACCCAGAGGAACCUUUGCUGGAGGAAGACUCUUCUGAGGACAACACACCCAUUCGGGGCUUCAGUGGGCGACAGCCUGGAGGAGAAUACUUCAUUCGCAAAAUCAACCCUGAUCUUGUGUUACCCUGGAGAGGCAGGUGUGAAAGCACAGUGCAGCUCCAGCAGCUUCCAAACACUGACAGCUACUGUCUGAUCCUCCCUCCCAACCUGAAGUCAGCCAUCGCCGCUGUGACAUACAUGGCCGAGCAGCUGAAGAAGCAGGACACAGACGACACGAUGACGGGAGACUGGCAGUUCAUUGCCCUGGUGGUGGAUCGUCUCUUCUUGUGGUUGUUUGUCAUCAUCACCACCCUGGGAACUCUGGCCAUGUUCCUGGAUGCCAGCUUCAAUUAUACACCUGACAACCCCUUUCCAUAGACUAUACUCCACACAGACACACAAAGGAACACACAGCCAAAGCUUGAAAUAUUCUGUAGUCCUCACCUCCUUUUGAAUUCUUCAUGCUCACAGAUCUGACUUUCCAUAAUAAAGUAUUCCAUGUGGCUUCUGCAUCAUCAGCUUCACAUGAUGCUUACAGGCCUGACACACAGCUUGCACCAUGACAUAUUUCAUGUUUAAAAACUUGUAGAAAAGUCAGUUGUUUUACAUAAUUUUGUGUAAAUAAUAUAUUUAGUGCUAUGUUAUAGUUUUUGAUUGAGUUUAAAAAUUGAACAUAUACAUCUCCUGUAAAUGAACAUGUGUGUGGCUCACCAAUGAUCUUCAUGACGGGAUAGUGGUCACACUGACUGCAGUAUGCAUUUUUGGGCAGUAGAGGGCAGUCACAUAAUGUCAAGUGAAAGGAUGAUAGUUGACAGAGUAUUUAAGUUAUGAGUUCAUGUCUGACUGUGUCAUUUAUAGUACAAACAGAAACAUAAAACUAUCAUGUCCUAAAAACCCUGAACUCUCCAUAACAGCUCAAACACAUGCUAUUACAGAUGGUUUGGUCUGUUUGGGAUGUCAGAGACUAGCAUUAUAAAUUUGAGCUAAAUAUAUAUUUAUUUUCUUUUAAUCAUAUGUGAUCGGUGUUGGUGUUGCUUUUCACAGAAA